GCUGCACUCAGAAAGCCUGUGAGCUCAGAGCAGUACUGUGACCCGCACCGACGCCCAAAAGCACCUGAGCAACAGCAAGAUGAGCACCGGCACACUGACCCGCCCAGCCCUGGCACUGUGCUUCACUGUCCUGGCCGCCAUUAGCGCCAGCUGCUUCCCCCUGGAGAGGAAGGGGGCGGGGGGGGCGAAGGACACCCGGGGACAGUUCGCCUCCUGGGACGACGUGAACGUGCUCGCCCACGGGCUGCUGCAGCUGGGGCAGGGGCUGAAGGAGCACGUGGACAGGACCAAGGGGCAGGUGCGGGACAUUGCGGCCCGACUGCGCGCCUUCGACGGGACGGUGGCGGAGCUGGGCCGGCAGACGCAGCGGCUGGAGCGGGACGGGGUGGCGCUGCGGGGGGGCGCGGGGGUGCUGCGGGAGCGCGAGGAGCGUGUGCUCAAUGCCUCGGCCCAGCUGCGCCAGCAUGCGGAGGAGCUGCGCAGGGAGAGCCAGCGCUUCGGUGACAGGGUGGCGCGCCUGGAGGAGAAGGUGGACGGCAUGCUGCAGAGGGAGGACAUGGGGGUCGCCAACGAAAACUACAGCGACCAUCGCACCAUCCAGUGGAUGUUGGAGACACAGAACAAGCGGAUUGAUGACCUUGUGGAAAGAAUCCGCCAACAGCAAGAAAAACUCGAAAAGCAGAACGUGCGCAUUCGGACCCUCAAGAACCAGAUCCAGCUGAGGAAAGCAAGGCCUUUUCUGAGACGCAAAGCAGAGGAAGACACCCAGAAUGACAGCACUGAGCAAAGCGAUCCACCCCUGAAGGUGGCCUCCGACUGCCACCAGCUCUUCCUGGGAGGGGAGCGCAGCAGCGGUGUCUACACCCUCCAGCCGGCUGGCUCGCAGCCCUUCCAGGUGUUCUGCGAAAUGACAUCCGAAGGUGGCUGGACUGUCAUUCAAAGGCGGCAGGAUGGUUCGGUGGAUUUUGACCAGCAGUGGCAGGCGUAUCGCAAUGGCUUUGGCAACCUGAAAGGAGAGUUCUGGCUUGGGCUGGAGAAGACUCACUCCAUCAUUAAGGACCGGGAGUAUGUCCUGCAGGUGGCACUGUCCGACUGGAGGGAUGCUGCACAGUCCAUCCACUAUGUCUUCCGUCUAGAUGGGGAGGAGAAAGCCUAUGCCCUGCACCUGCAAGACACGACCAUCGGGGGGCUGGGGUCUGCUCUGAGCACAGAGCCCUCUGGCCUGCUCUUCUCUACCCAUGACCAUGACAAUGACCAGAAGGCCGACAGCAACUGUGCCAAGCUGCUGUCAGGCGGAUGGUGGUUUGGCAGCUGUGAGCACUCUAACCUUAAUGGCCGCUACGUCCCUGGGCAGCCAUCGAAGCCGCGACACCAGUGGAAGCAGGGCAUGUUCUGGAAGACCUGGCGGGGGCGCUAUCACCCGCUGAAGACCACGGUGAUGAAGAUUGCCCCGGCAGAGAUCCAGCACAGCUCAUAGGAUGUGGAGAAAUGCUCUUUCCAUUGUGGGGAAGAACAGGAGCUGCUGAGAACUUUACUGACAGGAAGUUAACACUUCCAAAACUUCCUGUUUCAAAUGGCCCUCAUGCCUUUGGUAGGGUAAUGCAACUGAGCAAUGCAGCAAUGCGGUAAGAUUAUAUACUGUAUGUGUAGAUUUAUGUGCGUGUGUGUCUGUCUGUUUGUUUGUUGAGAAAGUGCAGUCAGUUUUCCCCUUGUGCUGUCAGGUAGGCUUUUCUCUGUGGAGAGCGCAGUUCAGACAGUGUGUAUUUGCAGGGUGGUGAUGCAUUUUGCUGCAUGCUGUAGAUAUGCUUUAAUCUUGAGCAGAACUUUGGCAGGUUCAGACUGUUCCUGUCUAUGACUCCUUGGAGGGAGUAUCUCCCCAACCCCCCUCCUCACCCCACCACUGACCAAACUGAUGCAUACACUGGUGGGGUGGAAUUUCUGUGUGUGUAUGUGUGCAUGCUCAUGUGCGUAAGUGUGUGCAUGGAUGGUGUAUGUGUGUGUGUGUGCAUGUAUAGAGGGCAUUUGUUACCAAAUUAACAACACCAAGCCCAGAGAUUCAUAGCAAUGUUUCUAAAACAUAUAAUUGUUUAGGGCCUAAAAAAUGUAAACAUGUAAAAAACAAAUUAAUUAAUUAUAACUGAAAGCACUGCUGACUUUCCAUCAUACAUUCCAGCUCUGCCAACCAGCACAAAGUCCCGUUCUUUUCGCUGUUGCUCACAGUGGAUGUGUUCCUUCAGUCAUACUGACUGGCCAGUGAAGCCAUGACCCCCCCCUCUCCCCUCCCCACAGGCAGAGCCUGUAGAUGUUUCCUAGGAAGUAGUAAUGUGUUUUGUUACAGCUGUAGUGUCUGACUUAUGUGCCAUUCAUGUUGUGAGUUCUUGUUCCCAUUGUUCAUGAAAGCAGUUUAAGAGUGAAUAUACUAAUCUGUUUACCUUUUUAUUGUGUAAUUUAUAUUUUGUGUCUAAAAUUUUCAAAUGUAAAAUUCCAUUUUUUAAAUGUUUUUUUUUAAAGAAAAAGUUCUGUCUUAUGGCUUGAAGGUAUUUAGGCUUGGUUGUGCCAAUUAAACGAUUGAAAAAAAUA